AUGGCGCGCAAGAGCUUGUUGACAUACCUGGAGCUGCCCGUCAAGCCCGGACAGGUUGAAGCGACGGCGCUGCUCAAUUGGGAUGUGCAGCCGAUUGAGAAAGAGCGGCGGACAUGGGGAUGGACGGCCUUCCUCAGCAUGUGGAGCACCGGGGCGUUCUGCAUGAGCAACUUCCAGAUUGGCUCGAGCAUGCUGAGCUUGGGGCUGAAUUGGUGGCAAGUCAUUGUGCUUACACUGGUCGGCCACAUCCUCGCCGUAUCGCUCAUUCUGGUGUCGGCGUGGCCUGGGUUCGAGUACGGCAUCCCGUUCCCCGUGGCCACGAGAGCUGCUUGGGGGCACUUUGCGACACCCUUUGUGGUGCUGAACCGCGUGCUCCUCUCCGUCAUCUGGGGCGGCAUCCAGGCAUGGCAGGGCGGCCUCAUGACCUACGUCUGCCUGCGUGCCAUGUUCCCAUCCAUUGACCGCAUCCCCAACACCCUCCCAGCAGGCACGGGGACGAACCUGCCCCAAUUCGUUGGCUUCAUCGUAUUCUUCUUGAUCCAGAUACCCAUGCUUUUUCUGAGCCCCAAACGUCUGCGCUAUUUGGUCUGGGCUGGAGCCAUUGCCGGAUUCGUGGUUCAGCUGGGUCUCACCAUUUGGGCUGUCGCAACCAUGGGCGACGCAGGUUUCGGCGCGGUUCUGCACGACGGAAAGGAAGGUGCAUUAUCGAGUUCUCAAUUGGGCUGGGCGUCCAUGUUCUGCAUCUGCCUUACGAUCUCCAGCAUCACCAGUCUCUCGAUGAGCAUCUGCGACUACACUCGCUACAGCCGGUCGGUUAAAUCAGGUGUAUGGGGCCAGGCGCUGUCUUGGAUCCCCAUCUGGCUGGGCAACAUCUUCGGGAUCCUAACCGUCGCGGCCACGCAGCGGCGAUUUGGCGCGGAGCUGUGGAGUGUUAUCCAGCUCUUGAUGGCCAUGCAAGACGCCUCUCCGACUUCCGGCACGCGGGCGGCCGUCUUCUUCUGUGGCCUGGCAUUCCUGGCGGUGCAGCUGGGCCUCAACAUCACCGGAAACAUCUUCUCCGGCGGCACGGAUCUGGCUUCUCUGUUGCCGAGAUACAUCAGUAUCCGCCGCGGACAGUUCAUCGUCGUUGCUGUUUCGCUCGCCAUCAACCCGUGGUAUCUCGUCUCCGCUGCCGCCGUCUUCCUCAGCGUCAUCUCGGGCUACACCAUCUUCAUUGAGCCCUUCCUCGGAAUCUUGACGGCCAACUACUUUAUCCUGUUCCGGCACAAGUUGAAGAUUGAGGACCUGUACAAGUACAAAGACUCCAUCUAUUUCUACGGGUGGGGUGUCAAUUGGCGGUCUGUCGUCGCGUGGGUGUGCUCUGUUGCCCCGCACCUCCCUGGCUUUGUGAGCUUUGUGACCCCGAAGCUGGCGAUUACUACGGGGGCUCGACAGCUGUAUUACAUUGCGCCUUUCACGAGCUUCUCCAUUGCAUUUAUUGUAUCCCUCGCGCUUGGUUACUUCUUCCCGGUCGCGUCCCAAGAGGCGUUUUUGCGCGAGACGACGAAGGCCGAGGCUUUCCGGCGCAAAGAAAACUUCAUCGCUCAUUUGACCACUGGCAGGGGUCUAUCGGAGGAUAUGAUGGAUGAGAAGGAUCCGGAUGCCACGAGCGUGAGGUACUGA